AUGCGCCUAUUAUACUGCGCACUGUUGCUGUCGAUUGUGAUCAAAUAUGUUGAUCCAGACAACAAUGACACAGAUGCCACCGAACCAAAAGUUCUAAAAAAUUUUUUCCACUCCCGCGAUCCAACCGCCGGCUCCAAUCCUUCUAUUCUCCAUCCGAAAGUUCGUCACUCCACAGAUUCAUCCUCCUUCCGUCCUCGAAUGCCGUCAUAUCUUGUCAACUCUCCACUCCUAUCCAAAAGAGACAAAAGAAACGUGGACAAAUCGUUCAAUGAAUUUGUCGAUCGGCUCUCAACGAUCGCUCGUCUGGUCAAUACAGUAAAAAUGCAAUCCGAUCUCAUGAAUGAUCAUGAUAUGCAUUUCAAAGUUGGAGAACUUCUGAACGUUGGAAAGAUUGAAGUGGACACCCUGAAAACAAUCAACACUCUUCGUAUCAAAGAACUUAUACUGGCUAUCAAUAAAACAGAAGAAAACUUUGAUAACGUGGAUGCAGAGUUGAAAAAGUUGCAAAUGUGGGAAUUAGUUCGGAAAGUAACUGAGGAUUUGGGAGAAGCCAGUAGUUUUCCAAGUACACACGAUUUUCUGUUCAAAGACAUCGAAAGUCUUGAUACCGAAUUUUCUGCAGAACCUUUCGGCAAUGCAGAGUCCUCUGUUGAAAACGUGCUGAAUUCUCUCGAAGACUUGAAAGGCUAUUCAACUCUCGGCUUCACCAGAGAAGAAGAAGUGAAUAGAUACUUCAAACAGUUCGUUUCUGUAAAGGAGGCUUUCGCCAAUGUCAUCUCUUAUAUUGAUCCUUUGAUAACACAAAUCGAGAAGAUGACCCCUUUCAAAAGUUGGGAUCUCGAGCAGAAACGAUCAGUGAUAUCAGAGCCAGAAAGACUUAUUUCCGCUAUCAUUUGGAGAAAAGGAGUGCAAGAAAAAGGUGAUACAAGUGACUACGACAAAAAUGCUCUUGACAAGAAUUUCGGAUUGCUGGAUGAUUUGAAACAAAGUGUAAAGAUAUUUGAAGACGACUAUACAUUCUUCGAAAACACUUUAUUCAAACAUGCGUAUAAUUCGUUAUCAGAUCUCUCAGGAUUUGAAGCCAUAGAUAAGUUAGCUGCUGAAAUUGGAACGAAAAAGCUCAAUAAGAUUUUCAAAAUCAUUGAGAGCGACAAAAAGUUGAUGAAGGGUUUGAAACCGAUUCUCGAAAUAAAGAAAACUAAAUUCAUGAAUUCUAGUUUUUCGUCAGAUUUGGGCACAAAAUUCGCAAUAGAGAAGGUGAAUCUGAUAUUGAAAGAAAUAAUAAAGACAAUAACAACAGUCAAAGGUUUUGGACAAUAUUUGACAAAUUUUGAACACUGUGGAGCAAAAGGAAAGAUAAUUGAUGAUAAUACGUUGAGUGGAGCCCGAUUCCCUCUUCAUACUGGUCAAGAGAUGGUUGCCAACUUCGAAGAUUUUUUUAAAAGAGACUUUUUCCACCACAACCUCCGACCUCUCUUAGCUGAUUUGGGCAAUGCCAAUAGGACGUUGGAGAACAUAAACCCAAACGGACGCACCCCCUCAUUGAAACAGCUUUCGAAUGUUUUCUCUGAGUUGACCAUAAAUGGGACACUGAAUGUAAUCCAGAAGUCAAUGAAGACAUUACUCAAAAGUUUGAAAACUUUCAAUUCAAAGAAACUGGAUAAAGCUUUCAGCAUUUUUAAAGAUCGGCGGGAACAAAUAGAGGGGUUUCUGAAAAUUUCGAAUGUGACCUACGAACGUAAUGUUCACAUUUGUUUACAGUCUUACCAGCAUCAAUGUAAAACUUCUUAUGAAGCUACUCUUCUUAUCCGGAUGAUAAGAUUGCUCGAAGUGGAGAGUAUCAACAAUGUGAGCCGAUACAUGGAUCAAGUCGAAAAAGUUCAACGGACAUUGGAUUCAUUAAAAUCUAUGCUCCCUGUGGUUAAAAAUAACUCCAAUGCUUACGUUGAAAAACUAAACAAAAUCGACAAGUUGGUGGUGACUCGAAUCGAGAAAGCGGUGAAUUCGGUCAACAACCUUGUUUCAUUAAAAAAACAAGGACUGUUGAAGGAACUUCAGGCCAUUCAAAGCAGAGCAGAAGAUGAAAUAAACCUCAUCGCUGUAUUCGGCCUUAAAGACCCGAUUUAUAAAGAUACUAAGUCGUCGUGGAACUUGAAAGAAGCGAUCAUGUCGUUGGAAACGAGUCUUGAUUACUUUGAUGAACAUGUGAAAGAGUUCAAUUUCCAAAAAGUGAGAAACCUCUCUAAUUAUGACUCAUUUUUUGAGAGUAUGAAAGAUAUGCCUCAGAUCGCAAUCAAGCCCGAAUCUUUAAUACGUGUGCUUAACUACUUGAUCAAAACGACAACGUGGGAGAAUCACAUACCUGUGUUCACCAAGACGAAAGAGAAGCUCAUCGAGAUUUCAUCUAUGGAUCUGGACUUCGCAAAACAUUUCCAAGAAGUGGGCGAUUCGUUCCAAAAGUUUGGGGACUUUUUGACUCAAGCUUUGACGGAUGAUGUUGUGAACCCAAUGCAGGAUCAGGAUAUCCAGAAUGAAGACGAGUAUGACUACACAUGGAUAAUCGUGGGUUGUGUUGUCUUCGUCGCUGCUUGUCUAUCCGGCGGUGUAAUCUUCGUUCUUUGGAAAAAGAAACUGUUGUGUUUCAAAAGGAAAGGAGAAUCGGUGGAUUGUGAUGUAAUCGACAUGGAUCCAGUGGACAACAAGCCAGUUCUUCCACCUCAUUUGAUUAUCGUAGCUAUUGGUACACAGACAUUCGGACGACACCCGGAGCACUAUGAGUUGUGGACCCAGUUGAUGGUACAUGUGAGAACGGCGCCAACACCAGAAGAACGACAAUUCCCGUACUUGCCGUUGAAGGGGUCGAUGUAUUGGGAUCCGAAUAUCAAACUGAAUCCGUUCACAGCUCUCCAAUCGGUUCGGCUCCACGGAAACAAGUUUCGUACUAGGCUGGGAACUGUUUUUUAUGCUAUGCAGGCCCCGAUGGAAGCCAACAGCAUGCACGACGACACUCGAGGGGACUUCUUGGCUAUGCUCGUAAUUGAUGAAGUCGAAUUCAUCGUAUUCCUCGGAGAAACCAGUUCGUGUGGACGUUACUUCACCGAAGGCGUCGGAAAUCUCACCAUCGAAAACUUCACUGUCACAAAUGAGGGGGAGCAACAGUUCCAGAACUCGACGGACAUUGUUGUGAGAACUCUGAUGGUAAAGGACAAUAAGAAGAAGACUCAACGGAAAGUGAAGCAGUUCCAAGUCAAAAACUGGAGAGAAGGAGAUAUUCCCAAUUGUGGAUAUGAACCACUGGAAGCCAUCAUGACGGAGAUUUGUAAGAGUAAAGCACCAGUCGUCGUUCACUGUACCUCUGGAACCGGACGCACGAUGUCCUUCAUCGGUUUGGAAUACAUUUCAAGAUUUUUGGAGACUAACGAGGAGAUGACGUUCGCUGACGCCUUCAAAAAACUCAUCGAGAAAAGAUACUCCGCCUUCGAAAACGCACGUCAAAUCGGAUGGGUUCAAGUCGGGACAGUGUACUUCAUGUCUAUUCGACACAACGCCGAACUCGUAAUGUAUCAGAAUAUCGAAGGAGUGUUCAGAGAUAUGGUCGAGAGAAAUGUCGGAGUGCCGAAAGGGAUCAAGUUCUAG